AUUUUGGGCGUCCUCUAUCAUGCUACACUUCAAAGUUCGUUGGUCCGGAAAUUGAAAUAAAAGAACACACUUUACAUUCAAGUACAUCUAAGUGAAGUUAAACUAAUCUAAUCCGAUGGAUUGGUAGACAGUUAAAGUGGUCUUCAGUUGACCUGUGAAAGGGUGUUUCUCAGUUAAGCAAUAACAAAAUGACCACAGUCUGGACAGCAAGCAAUCUACGCCGACAAGAUGGACGUUAUAACAGUCUAUCCAGAAGUUUAGGAUCUUUAAUGUCAAUUGUACUCGAUGAGGAUAAAUCUCCAUCCGUGUUGAUUUUUUCUAAUCAAUCACCAAGAGAGACUAAUUUACAAACAAGUGUCUCUGUUGGUGAUCGAGUCGGAGAUGAGAAUAUUUUGCCGUUAAAUGGAUUAAGUUUUCGUUCAUUACAAACAGAUUCUUCUUCAUCGAUUGCAUUUGUUGGCAAAAAAAUUAAACGUGAAUAUCAAUCGGCGUUUGUAUUGCCUGAUAAACAAACAAUUGGUAUUAUUCGUCAAGAAGCGUUUAUGACUGAAGAAGGUUUAGCUCAAGUCACGCUUAGUUUAUGCGUUUCGACUCAUUUAGAUGGUUUAAAUGUUAGUAAAAGUGAAAGAAUAUGUGAUUAUCUUGAUACGGACUAUUGGGCUUCCAUUUUAUUAGCUUCCACUGAAUCUCACGAUGCUGAACUAUUAGGAUAUAUGGGACCUGAAUAUACUUCAAAAAAACCUAAUCGUUUUAACUUUGAACGUUCUGAAAGCCGACGACGUAAACGAGAAAUUGUGCUUGUUCAAGAAGAGAUUGAAGAUAGCGAUGAGAAAGAUAAUGUUGGGCAAUUUGAUGGUAGCAAUAUUUUGCCUGAAAGUGUUACAGUGUACGAAAAAGUAUAUCCUAAAGAAAAGGAUGAAUGUGAUCCCCAGACACAUCGAUUAAUCCUGCAUCCUCCACCACCCCUUCCACCUCCACAGCUGCCAGAAUCACCGCCGCCUUCACCACCGAAAACUUUAAAAGUAUCUGAAAGAAAUGCUUCACCAAAACCACGACUAACUUCGAGUAGAAAUUCAUGUCAGCCAAAAGAACAAGCCCCAAUAAUUGGACGGGCUGAACCACCUGGAAAAACUAAACCAAUUGUGAGUAGUCCGAAAUCUAAAGAAAAUUUUGAAAAACUUAAACGUCAAUGGAAUAAUCGUAUUGCUCAAAUGCAAGAACAUUUAGAUAAUCAGUAUCGCGAUACACCAACAUCGCUACCACAAACUUAUACAGAAGGACAUCGUGGUUCUACAGUUACAUCAAUUCUCCCCACAGUAGAUAAAAGAUCUUCUGAUCCAUAUGUAAAAAGUCGAAUUUCAUCUACUGAACAAAGACUUUCCCCUGAACAAGCAUAUGAUCAACAAUCUCUUCCGGAUAGAACUUCAAUGGAUCAUGGAUCAAACAAAGAGAAUUUUAUUUUUCACAGCUUUGAUUAUAUCAAUUCAUCAUCACCGGGUUCCGGUGAUCUAGUGGAUCCGGUUACGGAACGUUGUGAAAAAGAUGCACAAUUUAUCUAUAGUCAAGCAAGACUAUUUGUUAAUCAACAAAAUAUAGGCAGAUUAAGUCCACGAAAAUUAUCAGUUGAUCGAGGUAAUCGUCAUUCGACUACGACAGAAACGCGAAGUAAAGUGACCGAUGAGCUCCCAGGUCAUAGACGCCAUCCUCCACCGCCUCUUUCUCCAAACUCGAAAGAAGAUAUACACUAUCCACGUGACGGGACUGUUAGUCGACCUCGAAUUUCAGAUGGUUCUAAAGCUGCUACUCCAUUAACUCCUACCAGACAUUCAUCAAAAAAUCUUGGUGACGAUCCAGAGAAAAGAAAAGGACAACAAAAGCUAUACGACGACGAAUUCAAAAAUGGAAAUAGAGAACCAAUGCCAUUGGAUCCCAGGAAACCAAUUACACAGUUUAAUUAUGGCAUACUUCAACAUCCAGAUGAAUAUAAUUAUUUAGCUGAAGCAGAAAAACAAAAACCAACUAUAGAUUUUGCAUCAGAAUUAUCUUAUGAUAGUAGUCUUUAUGGUAAAAUUAGCCAAGGUUCCGCUCGAAAACAACCACCAAUUAAGCAUUAUGAUAAGUAUAAGGAUAAAAAACCUGAUAAACCACAUCGUCAUCCACCGCCACCUCAACCUACUGAUCAUGACCAAACAAAACGUUUAGACGAUAAACCAAGCCCAAAACCAGGCAGAAGAUCAGGCCAUGGAAUGGUUUCAGUCGAUGAAAAUUAUUAUGUAAAUGUACCUGGUUCAGGUCCACCAGUUAUUCGUCCACCAUACAAUGGACACAAGAGAUCACUGCAAGAUUUAAGUGAACGUUCCGGCCCUCAUAGUGCUUAUGAUCCUAGAUUGGGCGAUACAGUUAUUCAACCAAGUAAACCUAGAACCAGUGAUAGAAUAUCGGAUCAAAUGCCUGAUUAUUAUGAUCAAUAUACAUCGGAUGAAAGUGAUUAUGAUGAUUCAGGAGAAUCGGAUGAAGAACUUAGGCCGCCAGCAUUACGUACAAUAACUCAGACAAGGAGACGAUCUGAACCAGAACCUUCGAACAAUUAUCCACCUGUACAAUUAAGAAAACAGUCAAAAGGACAAAAAACUGGACAGUCAAUCACAUCAAUUCGUGAUAGCCUUAUUAGUCCUGAAGGUAUGUCGAUUCCUUCCACUCCGGGUUAUGAAAAUAUUUAUGAUAUUUAUUAUAAUGAUAAAACAGGUAAAUACAUGAAAGGACUAGAUCGUGAUCAUUCAAAUGGAAUGUCACAAGAACGUAUAUCACGACCACGUUCUAAACAUACAACUGCAACAAGUCGAAGUUCUGGUUAUUACGGUGUUAAUGGUUCAAAACACAGUUUAAUAAUCAGUACAAAACGUCGAACACUAAGUGGUUUAACUGGUACCCACCCAUCAAAACAUCGUUCCAGUUCAAUGAAUACUUUAUGGUUCGGUGAUCAUCCUGUACCGUCGGAACAUACAAUCUCGCCAGCUACACCAGUUAGAUUAUCAAAUAUACAAAUACAAGCUCAAGCAGAACUUGAACGUCGACACAGAUCAUCUUCACAUGGACAUAGUUUAGAUAGAAAAUCUAUAUAUAGCACAGGAAUGACAGAAAGUCAUUUGUCCAAAGGUUUAAGUGAUUAUCAUCAAGGUUAUGAAGGAAUUGGUUAUGCAUAUGAUAAUCGAGGAAGAUUAAUACAUGGUGGUGCAUGUUUACCUGAACGUUCAGCUAGUCGUAAACGUCGAUUAUUAGAUGGUCAUGAAAGUUUAUCAAGAGUAUGGAUACCACAAAGUGGUGAACACUAUCCAAUUAAACAAAUAUCUGAUAAGACACCUAGUUCGCUAAUGAAUCGUGAUGAACGGCAAGCACAAUUGGAUAAUUCAGCGAUGGCAUUUGCUUUACGGGAUUUUAAUGCGCCUAAAAUUCGGUGAGCUCAAACAAUAUAACAGUAAUAUUCACAUUACAUCUAUAAUAUUAUCUAUCUGUCUAUCUAUCUAUCUAUCUAUCUAUCUAUCUAGACAGAAACGGGUUUCGAAUAAAUCACAUCGGAAUCAUGAUGAUGAUAAUGCUAAUAUUAAUAGUAAUAAUAAUAAUAAUGAUAAUAAUAAUAAUAAUAUUAAACAUGUAACCCAUCGUACCGCUAUACGCAACAAAUCAGAUAGCAUUAAGAAACAUCAAUGCAGACCAUCCAUUCUCAAUUGUUGUAUGCGAUAGUCUUACAUUUCUUUGCUUAUAUCAUCAUGAUCAUUAUUUAUCUGAUUGGCAAUGUUUUAAUUAACCCUGAUUAUAAUUGAUUUAUUUUAUUCAUUAUUAUUAUUAUUAUAUUUUCUUAUGAUUCCAUUUAUUUUUUAAUUGAGUAAACUAAUUUCUAUACCUGCAUAGUGAUUAAUCUUAAUCUAUGGCUGUGACCUUUCAUGAAAAGUUUUGGCUUGUGUUCAGUUUUUUUUCAAAUCUUAGUUACAUCCACAAGUUUGUGUGUGUGUGUGUGUGUUUAUGUUACCCAAGCACUUAAACUAUCAACACAAAAACAGAACACAUAUCAGUCCAGUUUAAUUUUUUCCUUUUUUUUAAUGUUUUUAACCAAGAAAUAUGAAUAAUUUGUUUGUUUAUUAUUUUGUUUUUAUUUACACCGUUUUCAAUCAGUAUAUUCCCUGAUUGCUGUGAAUAUUACCGAAUAACAAAAGCAGUUUUUUGACUUUUAUUUUUUUUACUACUGAUUAUAGUAAUAUCAGUAGUAAUAUUAGUUCUCAGAGAUUUUAUACUCGUGUAUGUGCGUGAAUCAAAACAUAUUUCUAGAUUCUAUGUCCAUAGUAUCAUGGUUUCCUAACAUACUAUAAGGUUGGUUGUAUUAGAAGAGGGUUUUAUGGGGUGUUCUCUCACUACAACGCUACUUGGGUUGCUUAAAAUGGAGUAGAUAAAGUGUGAUUUGAAGUUGUAAUAUAUCAUUCGAAAGUCGAGUAAGUUAACCGCUAAACUAUUGGCUCUGUCACUCUGAUGAUUAUUAAAUUGACAAUUGAGAGUUGUGAGAAUCCACGACCCCACCUGCCGAGAUUCGAACACAGGACCUACUGGUUUUGCACGCGAACGCCUAAUCUCUAGACCAGCCAACGGUGUUGAUGUCUAACAUGAACUAAUCCACGAAAUUGAGCCACACAUUCAUCAUUGUCAUCAGUGAGUUACUAUCUCACAAUAGACCCGGUUGAACUCCACCGGUCACUGCUUCUCACUAGAACUCCAGGAAAAACCUCUUGAAGCCAGUUACUAGUGAGCAUAUAUUGAUUAAUAUCAGAAGGGAUUUUGUGGAUAUUAUAGUAAUUUCAAUGGUUAAAAUCAUGAGUCAAGUGAAGUUAGAUCAACAUGAAAAACUUGGAAGUACUGUUUGACGGCAGCUUCGUCCUAUUGUAGGACUCCUCAGUAGUGUACACUCACGAUAUUUGUCUGUUAUUUUCAUGAGUAGUAUAAUAUUUGUCGUGUAAAAUGUGUAGAUGAUUGGAAGAACGAUAGAAAAAUUAGAAAACAGACAAAAACAAAACAGCAACACUGUAUGAGUGAAUCUCUGAGUCAGUAAUUAUUUAAAGUAAUCUAACACCAUGUGUUAAAAAAUCAAUAAUUUUGUUCCGUGAACUUAUAUUUCAAUACAAUAUAAACUGUUUCAAACCGUAUAUGUUUGUACUUAAAGGGCGGGACUAUAAUUUAUGGACGAACCAAUCACGUAUAAGAUAACAGGUCUCGGAUUUCGGCGCGAAAUUCACUCAUCCAUUUGGCUAAAUAGAGUUUUGGCACUACAGCUGAUGCCAGUUUUGUAAUGAAAACCCUAAAUCUAAUUUUUGACCUUAAUCAUCAACUGUAAAUCAUAAUUCUGAUUCUUCACACUGGUUUAUAACCCUCAUUUGAUCCUGGUCAAAUACAUAAACUGGUAUGUGGUAAGGGAAUAUAACAGUAGCAUUAAUAAUAGCACACAUAUCUAAGACUCCUGGAAAAAAACUGUUUCCCUGCUGCUUACGCCUGCUGCUCCUCGUGGAGCACAACCUUCUGGUUAACAUCUUUUUAUUAAGAUUGUGUUUUACGGUAUUGGGUUAUUGACCUUAUGCUCAACCCUCCUCCUUUACCCGGGCUUGGGACCGACAAUAACCCUAGAAGAGUUACAGGCAGAGUAAAAAACCAUUACUGUCCCAUAAAUUUGAAAACACUUUAUUCUACAGUACACCUUGUAUGUAAGGUAAGCAGUAAAGAGCCCAUAAAUAAUUUGCUCAUAAAAACAUAUUACUCCAUUAAAUUUAUUUUGUGAUGCUAAUUAUCGUCAUACUGUCUUGAUGAGUGUUAGGUAGUUUGAGGUAGGUGGCAGGAAACUGUGAUUGUUUUAGGCUCCAUGAUAGUUGGUAUUGGUUAAAAAGGUUUGGUCGCAAAUUUGAAGAAAACCAAUGCUACUUAUAGCAUUUGAACCAACGUCACAUUGCCUCAUAGUCUGAAUAUGAAUAUUAGUAUUAAUAAUAGUAGUAGUAGUAGUGUGCUGUAUGCUACUGGUGUUGACACGUAUAAGCAGUUUGUAUCACCAUUUGAAAGUGGAAUGACUGGCAUCAGAAGGUUGACAAAAUCGAAGAGAAGAAUGGUUGAUAUGGGAAUGAAGGAACAACAAAGUCUGAGACAAUUGAUGGAUAUUUUGCAAAUGAAGUAUUUACUGUAUAGUUCUAAAAGUUUACUAAGAGAUUCUGUAAUUUUGUAUCCCCAUACAUAUGGUUGUCCCAACUUGUAUUCUCGUUCAUUACAGCAGUAGUAGUAGUAACAGUAGUACAGGAAGAUCCACGACUUAAAUAUGGUCAUAAAAGUAAUUUAUUUAAAAUUAUUGUUUGAUUUGCGUCUGUUAUGAGUCACCCGUGCUUCUGGCUUACGGGCUGGGACGCAUCGAAUAGCUAGCUAAUUGGUCUACGGUCACAAGUCUUUGUUCCGUUCGCAUACUAUGUGAACUCGUAAUAGCUUCAAACCUAGCAAAUAUGCAAAAAGGCAGUAAGCAGUUUAUUGCUUAUUAGAGCCGGUUAUUUAUAAGUUUUAUAUAUAGAAAUUUGAAUUCUAAACAACGGUACAUUGAAUAUAUAUGUUUCUGUGUUGAUUUGACAUUAUCAUGUUAUUUAGAUAGAUUCCACCUCAAGGGAAAGAGGAGAGGAUACUUUUAAAACUCUAUGGAUAUUUACUAUUUUAUUUUUAAGUGAAAACUGUUGAAUGUAAAAUAGAAUUUUAAUAGUUGAAUUCAUGAGUCUAUCUAAGCUAGACUACCAUUGAAAAACCUGGUAACAAUGGACAACCGUUUCAUCCCAGUAUGGGACUCCUCAGCAGUGCCCAUUCAUCGAUUCAUGAUCUCACUCAAAAACUCAACAACCUAUGCUAUCAUGUGCUCACUAGUGACUAGCUUUGAUAGGUCAUUCUCGGAGUUCUAAUGAGAAGCCGUGACCAGUGGCAAUUAGUUACUGAAGACAAUGGAAGAUGAUUGUGCAACUUCGUGGAUUGGUUAAAGUUAGACAUUAACACCGUUGGAUGUCGGCCCAGUGGUGUUUACAGGGUAAGCAUUCGUGUGCGUGACUGAAGUUCCUGAGUUUGAAUCCCGCGUGAGGGAUUGUGAAUGCACACUGGUGAGGAGUCUCACACGAAGACGAAAUGACCGUCCAGUGCUUCCAGGUUUUCCAUGGUGGGUCUAGCUUCAAUCGAUUCAUGAUCUCAACUAUUGAAAUUACUAUAAUAUCCACAAAAAACCCCUUCUGAUACUAAUCAAUAUAUGCUCACUAGUAACUGGCUUCAAGAACUAGUUCUUGGAGUUCUAGUGAGAAGUAGUGAUCAGUGGAAUUCAACUGGGUCUGUUGUGAGAUAGUAACCCACUGAUGACAAUGGUGGAUGUGUGGCUCAAUUUCUUGGAUUAGUUGAAGUUAGACAUUAACAUAGUUGGACGCCGGCUCAGUGGUCUAGUUGGUUAAGCGCCUGACACGGGACUGAUAGGCUCUGGGUUCGGAUCCCGCGAGGCGGGAUCGUGGACGCACGUUGAUGAGGGGUCUCACAAUGGGACAAAACGGCCGUGCAGUGCUUCUAGGUUCUCCAUGGUGGUCUAGCUUUAACUGACUCAUGAUCUCAACUGUUGAAAGUCUAACAAUCACCAAUUUGUCUUAGAUUGACUCAUGAACUCAACUAUUAAAAUUGCUACAAUCUACACAAAUCCCAAUUCUGCUAAAAUAUAAUUGUCACAUUUGUUAAGUUGGUGAAUAUGACAAACCACAUUGUAAUCAAUUAAGCGUUUUGCACAGCAACUUGAAUUCAUUUCAAAUAUUCAUACAAAUAGCUCGUUUUCCUAUCCUUUCAUAGACAUUAACCGGGAACAACUUGCUGAGUAUAAUCGAAAUGAAAUACUUAUUCCUUUGUUUCAUUUAAUUCAAUCUAAUACAAAUAUCAUUAUUAAUAACAAAACAUUUUAAUAGCGUUUCAUAACUUCUUAACUUGUUAUGACAGCUUAUACAACACUAAUUCUCUUUAUGUUCUCAUCUAUUGAUGAUUUCAUUUUAGUUAUUUAACACUUUUUAUUCGUAGUGUAGAGGUGUUCUGUAGAUUGUUAAAUUUAGCAUUUCAUAUGGCAUGGUGAUUGCAGUUAGUCAUCUAUUGAAAACCAAGAAGUUAAAGACAAAUAUCUCAUCAUAACAUACAAAUCUUCCAUUAUAAGAAUCUACGAUCACAUGGGGAUCAAACUCAAGAUCUCCGUGUCUCGGAUCAGUGAUUAUGAACAGCCCUCAUCAGUUGAGAUUGGUGAUAUUUGUUUCACGUCCUAUAUAGUUUAGCUCCACUGACCUCACCUUCUCACUGGAACUAACCAAAGUCAAACCCUAAUGUGAAACCAUAAACAUUUAUUAAUUUUGAAAGUCUUUUGACGAUUAUAUAUUUUCAAAAAGGGUUUUGUGGAUAUUAUAGUAAUUUCAAUAGUUAAUCGUUCGAGCGCGAGACUGAUAGAUCCUGGGUUCGGAUCUCGAGAGGCGGAAUCAUGGGUGU